AUGUCGUAUAGCACACAAAGGUCGGCCUUCGACAGCCAUUUUCAAAACAUUGCAAAUGCGAUUUCAGCGGAGAAAUCCAGCAGUUUUUUGGUAAAAGAUUUUGAAUUAAUACGCGUUUAUCUAAUGGAAAUAUUACGAAAUGAUCCAAUAAUUGGUCCCUUGCUCGUGAGCUUAAGGUAUAAAGCUAGCGCUUUCGAUUGUUCAAUAAUAUUGGAUUUUUCGAAGUUCAUGCCUCUUGGUGUAAUACGUACGAAGUAUCCAUCAUUUAUCAAGAUUGCGCAACGCGGACGCUGCAGCGUAUUUGGCACGCAGGAUUUGCCAUUCUUCAGCAGCGGCGAGUACGUUGCUGGCGGUAUUGUAACCAAUAUUGUGAAAGGAUUAAUAGCGCAGGGCUUAGAUUUGUGUGGCUAUUUUGUACGUGGACAUAUGGGCGAUAUUUACGAAUUGGAAUUGAUCGAGGAAACGAGAAACUUAGAUUACAGAGUAAACUUAGAUUGUAAUAAUGAAUGGCAAAGUAACUAUAUUUUGCUUAGUGCUUCCACUGAAGGAAUAACCAUAAAAAUUCGUUUUCGAGUUUUAUUAAAAUUUUGUGCCCCCGACAAACCCAACGAUUUGACGCCAUACCCGAUGCAUAAUUUAAAGCUAGUUUGGUUAGCGUCAGCAGAUGUACGUUAUUUGGAAUACUUUUCACUGUGCGCACCAAUGAGUGAAUCUCAAUUAGCAGCAUCUCCGAAACAUUUGAUGGCAAUGCGAUUAUUAUACUCAUUAAUAGAGCACAACAAGUUGUACACGUUGAGGAAAACUCAUGUGGAAUCUAUUUGCUAUGAAAUAAUUUAUACAAAGAUACAAAAAAGACCUCAGCAAUCUAAGGAAACAGAGAUUGAUAUUAUUAUUGCUAUUAUUCGACGCAUAAUAGAGUAUUUCGACAAGAACCGAUAUCCAUUUUAUUGGAAUACUAAGGAAGAUCUGUUGUUACUUAUAAAAACUCAUGCCGCCAAAAUGUUUACUCGUAAUCGCUUGCGUGAAAUAUUGGAUCAAAUACGCAGCAUGCGGCAGAACGACGAAAUAUCUUAUGAAGAAGUUGCAUGUCUUUUCGGUGUACAGCUAAAUACAGAUGUAUACAAUGUGGACGAUUUUGGAAUUUAUCGACACUUUAAUAAACCUACGUAA